AUGCAGUUGAGCGACAAGACUUCAAGUUCAACAACGAUGCUACAGUACGGCCCAAUCUGUACAGUACAGUACUACAGCACAAAGUUCGACCAUGAAUCCUUCCCGGGCUACUCAGAGGCACUCCGUACAUUCCGGAAGCGCUCCUUUGGUCGGAAAAGGCAUAUCUCUCAUCGAGAGGCACUGGAGACUGUUUGCAACAGUCUACUCGGUGAUUGUCUUAGGUAUCAUUGUCGCAUGUGGGAUAACCGGCCUUUCGACUUGGCAAAGAGGUCUUGGGGAGGAUUUGACGAGCGUCCAACGACCGCCAAGUGUUAUCGACAGGAACGAACGGCAAUGCUUCUUGCUUUUUUUCUGGGAUCCUUCGGUAUCGAUCAGUUCUACGCCCGCCACUGGCCUCUAGCUGUGUUUAAACUGUCAACUCUCGGUGCCGGUGGGAUUUGGUGGUUUGUCGACGUUGUUCUAUGGAUGGUAGGUGGCGUGUAUGGCACGCCUGGAUGUCCGGGCGGGAGCGAGCAUUCCUGGCAGUACUAG